AUGAGCCAGGAUAAACCAAAGAUUAGUGGUAAAAGGUCUGCCACUGAAUACAGGCUCUCCAUUGCAAGUAACUCCGGAUCGCGAAGAUCAUCAUUAGUUGGCAUUAAUGACAAUGGCCAUGGUUCGAUAGGCGGGGGUAACCGCUCAAUAGCCAUCAGUGGAACCAGCGAAGAAGAAGAAGAUAUGCUCAAGGCGUAUAUUUUGCCUCAGGUGCGGGAAUUCACCGAUUCUCUGAGUACUUUGGAUGCCAAUUUCACGCAGCUCAAUUUCAUUCAUGAGAGUCUUGUUGACUUCAACGAGUCUCUUGGCGCCUUACUCUACGGCUUAAUGUGCAAUUCGUGGUGUGUCGACUUCCCGUAUGUGUCGCAUGACAUUGCAGGAGAGUUGAAUGUGUUGGAGCGCCUGGAAUCUCUGGCGGCAGAGAAAGAUCUGCUACUGGAACAGCUUGAGCAGCUUAAAAACCAAGACAAGAAGCCAUCCGAAGACAAUACCAAGAAUACACAAUUUGUACGACCUGCUCAUCCCGCUACUCAGAUACGCAGACCCAAUCAACGAAGAUUGAUCGCAACGCAGAGAUUGGAUGAUGAUGAAGAAGACGAGGUAGCCAACAGUGAGGCGUCCUUCGUCUCCAAUCCGACGAUGGAGUUCUCAAGGCCUCAUCAGAGAGGGGUAAGCAAAUCCGAAUCCCGUCAUUCCAGCAGACUGCGGCGAAAAUCCAUACUGCAUACGAUAAGAAACAGCAUAUCGUCGACUUCCGACGCUGCAGCAAAUCAGGAUCCCAAUUUUAGCACUGGAAUGCAAAAGAGGAGCAGGUUAUCUCUAGGUGGUGGUGCUACUCGAGUGCUCACAAACUCAUCGCCGUUCAAGUCUGCCCGGACGCAGGGAAAUGCAAUUCGUGUCCCGUCGCAGUCAAGGAACCAAACUCUUGCAAAUGCAAGGACCACCUCAACCCAAGAGAGCCGGAGACAAGGAUCCGCAACCGUUAGACCUCCUUUCAGGUGA